AAAACAAUAACAUUGAAUUUUUUGAAUCAUCAACAAUAAUAAUAAUUUUUAUUUAAUUUCACUCAUUUCUCGUUCAAUAAAAAGCUUUAAAAUGUCAGCAUACGAUAUUGUACGAAAGGGAAAACUCGUACUCAAAGGAGAAUCUGAAAAAUCCAGAAAAAGGAAGCAUAAAAAAGAUAAGAAGGAAAAGUCUGAAAAGGAAGAGAAAGAAAAGAUCGCUGUUGAUGAAGAUGCAGUAGAACAUGGAGGCUGGUGGAGAUGUACAAAAUUGACAGAAAUUACUGGAAGUAUAGUAAUCGAAUUUCAAGAAAGACAGUAUGUAAAGUCAGUCGAUGACGGAACAUUCAUUUUGGGAGUUAAGCAUGAUAAAGGAGAUCCACCAGCGUUUGACGAAGAGUUUACAGCAUUCAUAGUUAAUGACAGCAAGAUUUACAUUAAAUCUGGAUAUGGAAAGUACCUGAAAAUAGACACCAAUAAUGUCAUUGUCGGUCGAUCUGAAGCUGCUGGAACUCUAGAAUGUUUUGAGCCAGUUUGGGAUGAUGGAAAAAUGGCACUUCAAGCUGCAAAUGGCUGUUUUCUCAGUAUAGAUCCAGAAGAUGAUCAAUUAGUUGCUAUUCAUAAGAAAGUCACUUCUAGUGGAGAUGGAGUUUGUAUAAUUCGAUCAAAUGCUUAUCGCGGUGAAAUUAUAUCCAAAAGCGCUCCAAUCGAGGAAAAAGUUGAAGAUUUGGACCAAAUUGAAAAGGAUUAUGUGAAGAGGUUCCAAAAGUUUCAAGACAAGAAGAUGAGAAUUUGUACGGAAGACAAGGAUGGACUUAAAAUGGCAAGAGACACUGGAAAAUUGCAUGAAGGAUUGUUGGAUAGACGUAGUAAAAUGAAGAGUGAUCGUUAUUGUAAAUAAGGAUUUAUCCAUGUCGAGGACCCCCCCCCCCCCCCCG